AUGAAAGAAUAUUCAAAGGUUCGAGGAGUCUACAAUAAUUUCGAACUCCUAAAAACAGAUUUGACAAAUACAGUAACAAAUUUUCUCAAACAAGAACGAAUAAUGCCAGAAUUGUUCAAUCCAAACAAUCAACCUUUCACAAUGAAUAGACUACGCAACGAUCUCUGGUUAAUUAAACUACUAUUCGUUUUAAUUCGUCAAGAGCCACCUGCUAAUAGAUUCCAGCCGAAAGAUGAUCUUCGAGGUGUUCUCUUUGAAAUUGAAUGUAAUUCGAAUUUGACAAGUCGUCCGUUUGCUGAAGUAAGAAGCGACAGUAAUUUUGAAGAAGAACAAGAAGUUUUAUUCAUGCCUGGUGUCGCUUUUGCUGUCAAAUCAACUGAAUUCGAGGAAUUGAAUCAAUUGUAUAUUAUAAAAUUAAGACUAUGCGAUGAUGAAGAAAUACAUAAAGGAUCUCAUAAGAAAAACAUAUUUAAAGGUGAUCGUGAUACCGCCAGAGAAUUAUUCAAUAAUAUGGGGGACAAUACUAUUGUUCGUGAAUGUUCAGACCUGGAUCAACUUUAUAAUUAUAUGAUGAAGUUAUUUUCGUCUGAUGAGUUAAUUGAAUUAGAAUAUUUUCAUGCUAUGGGUUCGAAAAAAUUCUCACGCAAGGAUUUCGAAUCAUCAAUUUAUUAUUACAAAAGAAGUUUAACUUUAAGAAAAAAGAUUCUUCCUUUAGAACAUAAAGAAAUUGCUGAACUUCAUUAUUUGAUUGCGGAAUCGUACUAUCGAUUGAAAAGUUACGAUCAAGCAAUUGACUUUUAUCAUGAAACAAUAGACUGUAAUUCAUUACAUCCAUUGAAAGCUAUUAGAGCUCAUGUCUAUACCGGAUAUUCAUAUUUGAAAAGAGAUGAUUGGAAUAAUUAUGACGAUAUAUCAUCAGCUAAGUAUCAUCUUCAAAAAGCAUUAGAUAUGGAUUUAGAAAAUGAGACACUAGAAGAUGGAGACAUUGUGGAUAUCUACCGAGCAUUAGUCGACAUCAAUAUAUUUCAAGAUAACUUGGAUGCAGCAUUGAACUAUUAUACCCUAGCUCUUGAAAUAUGUGAAAGAAAUGAUUGGACUGAUGAAUCUAAUGAAAUCAAAGAACAGAUUCAAGCAAUAAAAUGUAGUGAAAACUAA